GUGAAUUUACUAGAUCACUGUGUCGACAAUGAAUGUCUAGAGAGAGAGUAUAGUCUCGAAUGUAAAAUAGUGCUGCUUUCACUCUAUCAUUCUAGGAAAACGAACGUGUGUGUCAGGAAAGUUACUAGAAAAGAAAUAUUAUAGACAGUGCAUAAUUUUCCUCUAAAAGUGGAUCAACUUGUCUAAUCUCGAUUCAAUAUGUAUAUAUGUUUAUUAAAGUAAAUUUUAAUGUAACUAGGAAAACAAAAUUAUUAAUUUUAUCUCUAGAAGUGAAUUAAGUAACUCAAUCUCGAUUCGAUACAUACUGGGACCCUCUACAUAAUGGCUUUCCCCACUGGCACCUGUCCACUAUGCUGUCCGAUCGAUCUCGAUCGAGAUGUCGAGUAUCUUCUCUUCACAAGACGAAAUCCACACGUGGCCAAUGUGUUGAGCAUAUUGAAUCCACUGUCCUUAAAGAGGAGUAACUUCGAUAAGAGGAAUCCUACAGUCAUUUACAUUCAUGGAUACAGCGAGAGUGCACCAGGCGAAAGUUCAAAUGCCGUAAGAGAUGUCUAUUUGAAGCGUGCUGAUUACAACGUCAUUUUGGUCAACUGGGUAAGACUGGCGACGUUACCAUGGUAUCACACGGCUGUCGCAAACACAAGACUAAUUGGUCCCCAUGUAGCACGUAUGAUCAGCUGGUUGGACGCCCAGAGAGCGGUUCCAUUAUCAAAAAUUCAUGUUAUUGGAUUCAGUUUGGGUGCCGAGGUAGCCGGAUUCAUGGGCAAGGCUUUAGCUCCACGUUUGGUCGGAAGAAUAACCGGACUAGACGCUGCUUAUCCGUUGUAUAUGAAUACCGGAAGAGAAGGUCACUUGACAUCUACCGACGCGGCUUUCGUCGACGUUAUUCAUACUGACGGCGGAAUCUUUGGAUUUCCAAAUCCUUUAGGUCAUGCUGACUUUUAUCCUAACGGUGGUAAACCACCGCAGCCUGGAUGUAGCCUUGGGAAUAUCCUUCGUCGCGGUUUUAUGUUACUUAUCAGAGAAAAAAUCACCUGUGGCCAUUACCGAGCAUGGAUGUUAUAUGUCGAAUCCGUUAGAAAUCCCCUCGGAUUUCCAGCCAGUCGUUGCCCAAGAUGGAGACCGGAAAUCCAAGCAAACUGCAGAUGGACUCCGGACGCUCUCAUGGGAUUCGCUGUAGAUCCGAAAACCAGAGGGAAGUAUUACUUGAAGACGAACGAACGCUCUCCAUUCGCACGAAAUGCAACGGGUUACAAUUUUUAAAUGGACGUUUCAUUUUCAACGAACGUAUUUUAAAUUAUUAUAGUUUUAUCAUCGUCAUUUUGAUCUCAACGUAUUUCGUUUAAGAGUACAAACUUAAUGUUAAGUUACUUUUAUAUAUCUUACGUUUAGAUUAAUACUCGACGAAACACGAGGAUUGAUUAGAAAAAAAAAAUAGGAAAAAGAAGAAAGUUAUUGACGAUAUAUAUAUAUAUAUAUAUAUAUAUAUAUAUAUAUAAAUAUAUAUAUAUAGACAGAUAGAUAGAUAGAUAGACAGAUAAAUAGAUAAACCUCGUGUUAGAUAGUAACGUCGUUGCUUCGAAAAUCUUUAUGAACUUAAUAUCCUCGAAAAUAUUAUUUCGAGAUGUACCUGAAGCGAUUCUAGUAUUUCGAAGUUAUCGAGCUCAACCAUGUUCAAAAUGGGAACGAAGAAUAGGAGCUUUGUUCUGGCACCAUACUCGAUAUGAAUAAAUUAAGAGAAUCUCUUUCUCUUUCUCUCUCUCUCUCUCUCUCUCUCUC